UGUAGUUGAGGGAAAGCGCACUUUGGGGCGCCAUCCCUAGGACAGAGCGGGCACAGGAAGGGCUGCUGCCCCGACCCCUCGGAAGCCGAGGCCCGGGUUCCAUAGUUUUCUGUAGGCAGAGCAAGAAGGAAACCCGGGAGGGCCCGGGAGCCUGUCAGGGAAGAAGGCAGCCAGGGAAACUCGUGGUUCAGGGCAUGAGGGAGGAAGCCUGGGAUCCUCAGACUCCGUCAGAGAAUAUUUAACGCCGGGAAAGGGGUCCGCAGGAGCCGGGGAGAUGAGCUUGGAAUCCUUGUUCCAGCACAUUCUCUGCAGCGAGAACCAGGCCGAGCAGAGCCGCCGAGCGCUGCGAGAAGUACGGUCGGACAUAACCAGGUGCCGAGAAAAAAUGAAGCAAGCAGCCGAGGAGUUGAAUGAAGAGCAGGUCAAGUUGGAAUCUAAGGUUCAGCAGUUUUCUGAAAAAUCUUUCCUCUUACAGCUUUUGAAAACUCAUGAAAAUGCUUUAGAAAGACAAUGCAGUGAAAUUACAAACCAAAGGAAUAUGCUUCUCCAAACCUUUGAGAGUACAAAAAAAGCAGUGACAGAGGAGGAGGAUAAAUUUCUUAAGGAAAUUACAGAUUUUAAUAAUGAAUAUGAAAUAACAAAGAAAAGAGAGCUUUUGAUGAAAGAAAACGUCAGGAUUGAAAUAUCUGUCUUAGAAAACCAGGCAAACAUUUUGAAAAGGGAAAUGAAGUCAGUGGAACGUGAUAGUGGCCAGUUAAAUGAACUUCAGAAACAAAAGAGGGAAUUGAUUGAAGAAUUAUUUACUCUUCAGAGAAAACUUAAAGGUUUUGAAGAUGAAGAGAAUGAAGCCAUCCAUACUACUAAAUACCUAGAGGCAGAAAAGAUAAAAAUCAAUGAAAAGCCUCAAAAUGAUGCUGAAUGCCUGAGGGCAGAGUUACACAGAGAGAGGAGAGGCAAAGAGAGAGGUCUUUCAUCCGCUGGUUCACUCCCCAGUUGGCCGCAAUGGCCGGAGCUGAACCGAUCUGAAGCCAGGAGCCAGGAGCUUCUUCCUGAUCUACCACGUGGGUACAUGGGCCUAAGGACGUGGGCCAUCUUCUACUGCUUUCCCAGGCCAUAGCAGAGAGCUGGAUUGUAAGUAGAGCAGCUGGGACUCAAACCAGCGCCCAUAUGGGAUGCUGGCACUGCAGGCAGAAGCUUUACCCGCUAAGCCACAGCACCGGCCCCAAUGUAAUAAAUUAUUAACAUGCCUCUCCUGAUUGAUUUUCUGUGCUCACAGAAAACGUGUUACAGUUCAGUUGCAUCAUGAAUCAUGCUCUAUAAUAGCUAUGUAACUAGCUUGUCUCACCAGACUGGGAACUCCCUCCACUUCUUGUUGUCUUUCUUUGAGUCUGUAUUUAGUGCAGUCAAGGGCAUAUGAUUUUUCAAUGCAUAUAUACUCCAGUUAUUAAGCCUACUUGUAAUUGAAUUUUUAUGAUAAAAAAGAUAAAUAUUCCUCAGCUAUUCUCAAAGACAUGAUGUAUU